AUGACUUCCUCUACCGCCGAACCUCCUUCUCAUCCUCCUGCUGCUUCUUCCUCCUCUUCUUCCUCUUCAGCUACAUUAUUCCCUUCUUCCUCUACAGACCCACCUUACUCCUCCUCUACCACCGCCGUCUCCACCAUCUCCUCUUCUCCCUUCUCCUCCACGUCCAACACCACCACCAGCAACCUCAACCCCCAAAGCUCUACCCCUCUGGCCCCCGAAACCUCCGCCCGCGCCGCCCGCGCCGCUCUCGACGCCACCCUGCACUCCCUCUCAUCCUCCCAUUCCGCGGCCCUGCACCAACGCGCGAGCAUGAUCCACUCCAACUCCUCAAUCCUCGAGACCCAAGAAACGCAGCUCGCGCGCGACGCUGCAAGCCUAGGCAACAGUGCGAGUGCGUACGAGAAAUUGGCGACGAAUAGCAGGAACGCGCUCAAGGAGAUUGGCGAUGUGCAGAAUUGGGCGGAGAUGAUGGAGCGGGAUUUGGCGGUUGUGGAGGAGGCGUUGAGGUUGGUUGAUGCCGACGCCGAAGCCGAAGGCUGA